AUGCAGUUCAAAGAUGAACUCCAGACUCCAACUUCUGACAUCGCCAAUGGGUCUAUCAUCGGAAGAGAUGUUGACUGGACGCCCGAGGAAGAGGCUGCUGUUAGGCGCAAGUUUGACUUUACCAUCACGCCCUUGGUGACUCUGCUGUAUAUGCUCUGUGCUAUUGACAGUACCCAGGGCCAAUGUAGGGUUGGUUAUCCUCAGCUAUUUCCACACGAAUGGCAGAGAACUGACACGCACACAAGCAAUGCUCGCAUUGAGGGCAUGAGUGAUGAACUGAACCUCGUCGGCUACCGAUACAACAUUCUCUUGACUGUCUUCUUCAUCUUCUACUUGGCAUCUAAUAUAGAGGCAGUGCCCGCACUUGUCUUUUGCUUCGGAUUGGUGUCCCUUUGCACCGCCUUUGUCGAGUCCUACGCUUCGAUGCUUGUCGUCAGAGCCAUCCUGGGUAUCUUUGAAGGUGGUGCUAUGCCUGGAACGGCCUUUUUCCUGAGCUGCUUCUACAAGAAGACGGAGCUUUUCUUCCGUAUGAGUAUCUUCAUCGCGUCUAGUUCUCUGGCUAGUUCCUUCGGCGGCCUCCUGGCUGCGGGACUCUCCAAGAUUCCGCCCUGGGGAGCUAGUGCCAUGCUCAUCCACCGAUGGAGGAACAUCUUCUUCUUUGAAGGCUUGAUCACCGUCCUCGUUGCCAUGGCCGCUCCAUUUUUGAUGCCCCAGAGCCCCGGAACAUACAAGUUCUUGACUGACCGACAACGUUACAUCGCCGCUGAGCGUCUACUCCGCGAAAACGCACACGUCCGUGAAGAAAAGGUCACCUGGAAGCACGUCCGGCGAGCCAUCUUUAACAUCCACACCAACGUCUGUGCUUGGUGCUUCUUCUGCACCAACAGUGCUGUCCAGGGUUUUGGUGCCUUCAUCCCAACAAUCCUCCGCGAGUUUGGCUGGACCUCGACCGAGGCACAGCUCAAGUCGGUCCCUCCGUAUCUGGUGGCAUGCGUCGUUACCAUUGCCCUCGGCUACCUGAGCGACCGAACCAACAAGCGAGGUAUUUUCAUGGCUGGCAUUUUGCCCUGCUCUAUCAUUGGUUUCUCUAUCCUGAGGUUCUCGACCAACACGGACGCCAAGUAUGCCGCUGUCUUUCUCAACGCCAUCGCGUGCUUCGGAGCUAGCAGUGGAUUCCUCAGCUGGGGCAUCAACAAUGCCGGCAGUCCUGCCGUGGCGGCUGUUGCCGGUGGCUACAUGGUCAUGGUGGGAAGUAUGGGAGGUGUCUUGUCUACUUGGACUUAUCUGUCGCGUGACUCCCCGCUCUUCCACACCGGUCACACCAUCAACCUGUCUCUUCAGUGCUUCUGCUUCUGUCUGGCUUGCUUCGGCCUUGCCCACUGCAUCUACGACAACAAGCUUCGUGCUAGGGGUGGAAGGGGCGACAGGAUCCAGGGGCUCACCGAGGAGGAGAAGCUGGCACUUGGUCACCGAAACCCGGAGUUCCGCUAUAUGGAGUGA